AUGGGGAUCAUAAGAAGCCUCAUUGUUUUGGCCCUUUUAAUUUCGUCAUGUUUGUCAGCAUCCAAUUUGACAGAGUCUGAAGGCAAAUCGAGCUGCAAGGCCAGCCUGGGCGGCGCCAGCCUGAGUGAGGUCCACCAAGCCCUGAUCCUGCAGUUCAGCUCCAAUGAGAACUGCACCUGGACGGUAGAAAGGCCAGAGAACAAGAGCGUCCGCAUCAUCUUUUCCUACUACCAGCUGGAUGUGGAUGGAAGCUGUGAAAAUGAAAACAUUAAAGUUUUUGAUGGAGCCUCUACCACUGGGCCUUUGCUCGGGAAAGUCUGCAGUAAAAAUGAUAACGUUCCGGUGUUUGAAUCCUCGUCCAAUAAACUAACGUUCCAAGUAGUCACUGAUGCUGCAAGAAUUCAAAGAUCUAUCUUUCUGUUCUACUACUUCUUCUCUCCUGGAACCUUUAUACCAAACUGCGGGGGUUACCUGGACAGCUUGGAGGGCUCCUUCACUAGCCCCAACUAUCCCCAGUCGCAUCCUGAACUGGCCUACUGCGUGUGGCACAUACAAGUGGAGAAAGGUUACAAGAUAAAAUUGAACUUCAAAGAGAUUUUCCUAGAAAUAGAUGAACACUGCAGAUUUGAUUUUGUUGCCGUCUACGAUGGCCCCUCGACGGACUCUGGCCUGAUUGGACAAGUCUGUGGCCGCACGAAGCCCAGCUUUGAAUCAUCUUCCGACUCCUUGACUGUCGUGUUAUCCACAGAUUAUGCCAACUCCUACCGGGGCUUUUCUGCCUCGUACUCGUCUGUGUAUACAGAAAACAUCAACACCACAUCUUUAACUUGCUCUUCUGACAAGAUGAGAGUGAUCAUAAGUAAGUCCUACCUCGAGUCACUGCACUAUAAUGAGGCCAAUUUACAGCUGAAUGACCCAAUGUGCAGACCGCUGGUGUCCAACGUUGUGGAGUUUUCUAUCCCUCUUGAUGGAUGCGGUACAAUCAAAAAGACUGAAGACCAUUCAAUCACCUACACGAAUAUAGUCACUCUGACCCAGGCCCCGGCUGCUGAAGUGAUCACCCGUUGGAAGCAUCUGCAGAUUAUCGUCAAGUGUGAAAUGGAGCACAAUUCCACUGUGGAGAUGCUGUACAUCACAGAAGACGACGUAAUUCAGAACCACAACGGCCUGGGCAAAUACAACACCAGCAUGGCUCUUUACGAAUCCAGUGCAUUUGAAAAGCCCAUUCUCCAGUCACCGUACUAUGUGGACUUGAACCAAACUCUUUUUGUUCAAGUCAGUGUGCACACCUCCGACCCAGGCUUGGUGGUGUUUCUUGAUACCUGCAGAGCCUCCCCCACUUCUGACCUUGCUCCUCCGACCUAUGACCUGAUCAGGAGUGGGUGUAUUCAAGAUGAAACCUGUAAGGUGUACCCCUUAACAAGACACCAUGGCAGAUUCGAGUUUAAUGCCUUUAAGUUCUUGAGACACCUGGGCUCUGUUUAUCUCCAGUGUAAGAUCUUGAUCUGUGACAGCAGGGAGCAUCAAUCCCGCUGCCACCAAGGCUGUGUCUCCAGAAGGAAAAGGGAUCUGUCUUCGUACAAGUGGAAGGCGGACACAGUCAUCGGUCCCAUUCGUCUGAAGAGGGAUCGAAGCGGGAGUGGAAGUUCAGGAUUCCAGCGUCAGUUACCUGUGGAAGAGACACAGAAUCAACCUUUUAACAGCCUGCACCUGCUUUCCUUCACGGUCCUUGCUCUGAAUGUGGUGGUCGUGGUCACAAUCAUAGUGAGGCAUCUUGUAAACCGAAGAACAGAAUACAAGUACCAGAAGCUGCAGGACUGUUAG